UUUAAUUAUCAACAACAAAAUCAUCAACAAUUACAAGCACAAUUUGUUAACAACAAACAUUUAUUUUGUUGCUGUUUGAUAAAAUUGUAAAUUAAAUAAAAAUAUAUUGGUUAAAUCUAACAUGGUUAAACAUGCAUGUGCUGUUUUAAUUGAUGGUAUACAUACUGAUAUCGUUACAAAUAUUUACAAAGAUCGAGUAUUCCUUAUCAUCACUCAAUACAAAAAAUUUGGUUGUAUGAUUAAUGUCAGUCGUGAAUCAUCAUUGAAACAAUUUAAUUCUCAUACAUAUUCAACAGAGGUUGUAUUUGGUAAAGAUACUGAAGAAAUAAAUGCAGUUGCUCGUUACAUUGGAGAAGCAAUUGAUAUUGACAGACCACUUUUACUUUCAUUAGCUCUUAAAAGCUACGAGCCAAAAACAAUUAAAAAAAUCAUUCAAGUUAUAAAUAAAAUUAAAACUUGGUAAAUAAUAAUGUCGUUAAUAUUUGGUCAACUUGUCAUUGGUCCUCCAGGAAGUGGCAAGACAACAUAUUGCAAUGGAAUGAGUAAAUUUUUAGAUAAACUUGGUCGUAAAGUUGCCAUAAUUAAUAUAGAUCCAGCAAAUGAAAAUAUGGAGUAUAAAGCAUCAGUUGAUAUAUCAGAAUUAAUAAAACACAAUGAAGUCAUGGAAAAAUAUAAACUUGGUCCAAAUGGUGCAUUGGUUUAUUGUAUGGAAUUUCUAGAAGCAAAUAUCAGCUGGUUAAUUAAAAAAAUAUUACCAUUAAAAGAUUACUAUUUGAUGUUUGAUUGUCCUGGUCAAAUUGAGCUUUAUACACAUCACAAAUCAAUUGCAAAUAUAACCCAAAAACUUGAACAAAAUUUGCUGAGAUUAUGUUGUGUUAAUCUUGUUGAUUCACAUCAAUGCAGUGAUCCAGGAAAAUAUUUAUCAUCACUUGUACUUUGUACAACAACAAUGCUACAACUUGGUUUGCCACAUAUAAAUAUCAUGACAAAAAUUGACCAAAUGAAAAAAUACAGUCAUAAACUUGAUUUUAAUAUUGAUUUUUAUACUGAAGUACUUGAUUUAAAUUAUCUACUUGAUAAACUUGAUGAGCAUCCACAUACUGCUAAAUAUAAAAAAUUAAAUGCUGCAUUAAUAUCUUUAGUUGAAGAUAAUAAUCUUGUUAGUUUUUUACCACUUGAUAUUAAUAAUGAUACACUAUUAAUGCAAGUAAAAAAUUCAAUUGAUAAAGCUAAUGGUUAUAUAUUUGGUGGUAAUGAACCAUGUAAUAUUCAAGCACUUCUUGCUUGUGCUGUUGGUGCUGUUCAUGAAACUAAAAAAAUGUCAACACUUGAUUCAUACUUUAAUCAAUAAUAUUUUGUAUAUUAACAAUAAAAUUUCAUAAUACAUUAUUUUUAAC